AUUUUCCUACUUGACUUCUUUUCACCGUUUGACAAAUUUUAUAAGACUGACAAAAAACAGCUGAGUGAGGGCGGCUCUCAUCUCUCAGAACGGACAUCUGACAGUCGAGUCACAUUCGGUGAAGCGCAUUGGUUUGUUUGGGGUGUACUGCUGAACAGUGGCGUCGCCGAAAAAACUCCUCGAAGCUUCAGCGCCCGUACACUGAGCAUUGUGUGGUGUGGAUUUUGCAUGAUUAUGGUGGCAUCUUAUACCGCUAAUCUGGCUGCGUUCCUCGUUCUCGAUCAACCGGAGCAGGGACUCACCGGUGUUACUGAUCCAAGGCUUCGUAAUCCAUCAGCAAAUUUUUCUUUUGGGACAGUUCUCGACACGAAUACUUAUCAGUAUUUCAAGCGACACAUUGAAUUAUCAACAAUGCAUCGGAAUAUGGAAACACAUAAUGUGCGCGUCGCUGCGGACGCUAUCCAAGCGCUCAUCAAUGAGACAUUGGAUGCAUUUAUUUGGGAUUCAACAAGACUCGAAUUUGAAGCAGCUAGAAACUGUGAACUAAGGAUUCGUGGAGCUCUGUUUGGCCGAUCAGCUUAUGGCAUUGGACUGCAGAAGAAUUCACCAUGGACACCGCAUAUCACAAAUGCUAUACUUAGACUUUCGGAAAGUACAUAUUUACCACUAACUUUAAAGCGUUAUGAGUGUUUUACAGGUGAAAUACAAGGCUAG